AUGGCUUCUCAAGACAGAAAAGCUAACGACCUCCAGGUCAUGGAUCCCUCAUUCCCUAGCAACGGCGGUGCCUACUCCAACGGCACGCCCCCUGGUGGCGACCCCAACCAGCCUCCUCCCGGCAAUGGCGCUGGCAACGGCCAGGACGUUCCCAAGACCACCCUCUGGAUGGGUGAGCUCGAGCCAUGGAUGGACGAGAACUUCAUCAAGGGCGUCUUCAUGUCGCAACUGUCUGAAAAUGUUAAUGUCAAAGUCAUUCGCGACAAAAACUCUGGUAAUGCCGGCUAUUGCUUUGUCGAGUUUGCGACCCCUGAUGCUGCGGCUCGUGCGUUGAACUUGAACGGCAGCGCUGUUCCCAACUCUUCCCGUCAAUUCAAGCUCAACUGGGCUUCUGGUGGUGGUCUCGUCGACCGUCGCGAGGACCGUGGACCUGAAUAUUCGAUCUUUGUCGGCGACCUUGGCCCCGAGGUCAACGAAUACGUACUCGUCUCGCUCUUCCAAGCUCGCUUCCCAUCGUGCAAGUCCGCCAAGAUCAUGACGGACGCCAUGUCGGGUCAGUCUCGAGGCUACGGCUUUGUCCGUUUUGCCGACGAGACCGACCAGCAGCGCGCUCUUGUGGAGAUGCAAGGUGUGUACUGCGGCAACCGCCCCAUGCGCAUCUCUACCGCAACCCCCAAGAACCGCAACAACCAUGGCUUCCCCGGUCACGCUCAUCACGCUAACCCCAUGAUGGGCGGGGGCAUGCCUCAACAGCACAUGUGGGGUGGCGGUAUGGGCGGAGGUUUCCCUGGCGCCUACGGUGGUGCUGGCGGCGGUGGUGCUUUCAACCCUGCCUCGCAGAUGAACCAGUUCACCGAUCCCAACAACACCACGGUCUUCGUUGGCGGCCUUUCCGGCUACGUCACCGAGGAUGAGCUCCGCUCCUUCUUCCAAGGCUUUGGCGAGAUCACCUACGUCAAGAUUCCUCCUGGCAAGGGUUGCGGCUUUGUGCAGUUCGUCCACCGCCACGCCGCUGAGAUGGCGAUCAACCAAAUGCAGGGCUACCCCAUUGGCAACUCGCGCGUCCGACUCUCCUGGGGUCGUUCUCAGAACAACUCCGGCGUCGGCACCCCUUACCGCCCGGCACCUCCUCCCCCUCACUACCUUGGCAUGCCUGGUCCCGGACCCGGGCCUAACGGUCCUGGUGGUCCUGGCGGUCCUCCUGGCGGCCCCCCUGUCGGCCCUGGCGCCUUUGUUGGCGGCCACUUCCCUGGUCCCCAGGGCCCUCCCGGCCCUCAGGUCUAA